GAGGCAUAUGUAUGCUCUUGCUUUAUGUGAGAGACUAGAUAAAUAUGGCUAUCUUUUCCGCUGGGUUCCCUUUCGGGUCCUUAGGCUUUGUAAAAAGCCGGGUGAAAAAUCCCCCACUCUUUCGCCUUAUCCAUGGGGGGUAACACUGUAUCACCCCUGCUAUUCUAUUCUCCCAGCCAGUGACUACGAACCGUAACUAGUAGCUGCCACUUUGCAUAGAAUUUUGACAAAAUUGGAAAACUGGGCAGCAAAAUGUAAAAUGAGAUUUAAUGUUGUAGCCAACCUUUCAUCCAGUUUAAUACAAUAUCAAAUAUUAAAAACAGUAAAUGUACCACAUAGAAAAAGUUCAAAGUGUUAUUUUGUAUCUGAGAGACAGAUUACAAGAAUUUUACAUUUGUUAUCAGGUUAUUAACUUUUCCACAAUAAUAUAAACAAGGUCCCCCUGGCUUGCUUUUGCAAUGAGCCCUGGCUCCAGAUGAAUGGAACAGGUGAAGAGAAAGACCCAAGGUGGUUGAAUCGAAUCAGUAUGUUAAAUACUUAAGUUUUAGGGCAAGAGGUUGGCAUUAGCAGCAUUUGAAAAACAUCUGGAGUACUGUUCCAGACCUAAAUGGGAUUAUUAACGUUCAGAAGCACAGUUGGCAGCCUGCACUUUUCCCUACAGUCAGUUGCACUUAACCCUCUUUCAUUAAAGCUCAGUUCCCUGCCAAUACAAUCAUUCCCUAAAGAGGUAAAGGUUGUGGAAGUUGGACCCAGGGAUGGACUGCAAAAUGAAAAGACAGUUGUCCCAUCUGAAGUGAAAAUUCAUCUCAUUAACCUGUUAUCUGAAGCAGGGCUUCAAGCUAUUGAAGCCACCAGCUUUGUCUCUCCUAAAUGGGUGCCUCAGAUGGCCGAUCAUAAAAAUGUCAUUCAGGGAAUAAAGAAGUACCCAAAUGUAACCUACCCAGUCCUUACUCCAAAUCUUACUGGAUUUCAAGCUGCGGUUGAAUGUGGUGCAAAGGAAGUAGCCAUAUUUGGAGCUGCAUCAGAGCUCUUUAGCAAGAAGAACAUUAACUGUUCUAUUGAUGAAAGUUUGCAAAGAUUCAAGGAUGUUAUUGCAGCAGCUAAGGAAGCAAACAUCCCAGUGCGAGGGUAUGUUUCAUGUGUUCUUGGAUGCCCAUAUGAAGGCAAGGUAGCUCCUAGUAAAGUGGCUGAAGUGGCAUACAAGAUGUUUUCUAUGGGCUGCUAUGAGAUCUCUUUGGGUGACACGAUUGGAGUGGGAACUCCCGGCGGUAUGAGGGACAUGCUGAGAGCUGUGUUGGAUGUUGUUCCAGCCAAAGCUCUGGCUGUUCAUUGCCAUGACACAUAUGGACAGGCACUGGCAAAUAUACUAGUUGCAUUGCAGAUGGGAGUGCAGGUUGUUGAUGCUUCAGUUGCAGGUUUGGGAGGAUGCCCAUAUGCUCAGGGAGCUUCAGGGAAUGUGGCAACUGAAGAUGUUGUGUAUAUGCUGCAUGGUCUUGGAAUUCAAACAGGUAUUGACAUAAAGAAACUGACAGAAGCUGGAGCUUUUAUCUGCAAAGCACUAGGAAAGAAGAGCAACUCAAAAGUGGCUCAAGCAAUGUGCAAGCUUUAAUCAGCAACACACAUUCAGAUUUUAGAAGUCAUGUUUUUGAAAUGUGAUACAACCACGGAGGUGAACUUUCUGACUACAAGAGCUGAAAUGUAAAAAGCUGCUUGUGCCCUCGGCAUUUUGACAAGCUGCAUUUAUCCUGAGCACGCUACCUAUGAUCAUAUCAAGAAUAUUUUCUUACAGUGUUCUCUAAUCAUUUUCUUGUGCACUGUGUUAGCACAUUGUAUAUACAUUAAUGUAAUAAGAACCUGUUACUAUAAAUAAUUAUUUAAAUAUUCUAUUUUUUAUUCUUACUAAUUAGAAAGCAUCCAAUUCAUGUAAAUACAGGUUUGUUUGUUUGUUUUUUUGGAGAAAUGGUUAGUAAAUUAAUCUUACGCAUUAUAAAAUGCAUCUAUGAUAGUCAGUUCCUCUCACCAUUUAGCUUAUAGCGUGGCCUGCACAGUGUUUCUAUUUUACCUGCAUAGUGUUUGUUGAGUUUAAAGAAGAAACAAAGAUAUCCGCCCAUCAGGUCAGUUCCUUAUUUUGCUCUUUUAAUAUUAAUUUUGCAUUAAAGGAAAAAAAAAGUUGCAAUAAGAUCAGUCUAUGAAUCCUUACAAACUAAACCAAUACUGUCAUAUCUUUUGGUUUUAUGAAAAGCCAACUGUCCUCAUAUGUAGAUUCAGUUGUUUUAUGCUGUAAAAUAUGGCAGAUAUAGGUUUUUUUUAAUUAAUAAAUUAAAUCAAUGAAUUUCCCUUCCUUUCAUAUAAACAUGAAUCCUAGUAGCCAAAGAUUCGCUGCUGAGCAGUAAACUAACUAUUAAAUCAUUGUAGCAGUUUAAAAAGUCAGUGGGUCUGUCUUAGUGAGCUGCUGGUGGGAAACAAGAGAUGGGAAAGGAAACUAUUUCACUUAAGGCAAGCAUUUGCCUUUUAUGCCUGUGUUUUUGGAGGUUCCUCAAGGCAAGUAUUGGGGGUAAAAGGGAUGAGAUGUAACCAAUGGUGGAGCAAUGAAAAUGGAGUAGAUCAUUUUUAAUAUGCCUAUUGUGCACAAUACACACAAUUUAUUCCAACUGGGAAAAUUAUAUGGCUGUGCUUCAGUUAAUUCUGAUUUAUUUGUAUAUAGGCCACAGUGCACUUGCAACAUUGUUAGUUAUUAUAACUAUAUACAAUAGUAUACUAAAUCUUAAUAAGUGUAAAUACUGUCAGUUGUGGUCCAGUUUAUGUGGCUAUUUAAAUAGAAUAAGGGGACAUUUCCCAGUAUAUCCAUCUCAUGAUUUCUGUGCACCUAAAAAGGGUCAGUGUGAAAUUAACAUUCAGAAUCAAAUUGUAAAAAGUGUAAAAAGAUUGAAAGUUUAAAUACUGGUGUUAUAAUCGAUUCAUUUUUGUUUUCCUGGCCAUUAAUACAAAGAUGAAUGUGUAAAGAUGAGAACAUGGCAAUGCAAAGUACAGGUAUUGGACCCAUUAUCCAGAAUGCUCGGGACCAAGGGUAUUCCGGAUAAGGGGUCUUUCCAUAAUUUGGAUCUUCAUACCUUAAGUCUACUAAAAAAUCAAUAAAACAUUAAUUAAACCCAACAGGAUUGUUUUGCAUCUAAUAAGGAUUAUUUCUAUCUUAGUUGGGAUCAAGUACAAGGUACUGUUUUAUUAUUACAGAGAAAAAGAAAAUCAGUUUUAAAAUUCUGAAUUAUUUGAUUAAAAUGGAGUCUAUGAGAGACUGGCUUUCCGUAAUUCAGAGCUUUCUGGAUAGCGGGUUUCCGGAUAAGAGAUCCCAUACCUGUACAACAUUUUAUUGAUAAAACUUAGUUCUCAGUUUCUCACUUUCCUUUCUUGGUUUCUUUGUCUUUCUUGAAGUGAUUUUCUAAUGAUUCCUGUGAGAGUAGCAAGCAUUAAAUAAAAUGUCCGAAAGCAGAGGUUUAAGGCAUAGUUCUUUAGAGGAAAAACCAGAAUAAAUUUGUUUUUCCUCAACCCCUGUUAUUCUUUAAUCUGUGUUCACUGUUUCAUUAACAUUUUAGUGUAAUAAAUUAUAUUUUAUACUAUGUAUAUACAAAUGGCAGAGCUGUCAGUCAGCAGAACCCUGAUUUUACAUUUCCCAUGGGAUUGUAUCAAAGCGGUAUAAAUUCUGGGAAAAUUGUAAAUCCGGGGAAAGAAAAAACAAAGCUUGCAUGAAUGGGACCAUGACAAAACAACAUUUCCACGAAAACAUAAAAUCCAGUGAUGUAAAAUCAAGGUUCUACUGUACAUUAGCAUUGUUUCACAUUGUUGCUUUAAUAUAAAACUGCCAUACCUCUCCCACUGUUUUUACUUCAGCUUGUCCUCUAACUACUCUUCUGACGGACUGCUCUAAAUGGACUUUCCCAAGAACCUUGAAAGAUUUAUUGAUCUGGUUAUCCAGAUUGAUCAAUGCCUAAGGGAAGGCAAUUUAAGAUGUCGAUUUCUAGAUGCUUCCUAAAGCUCCAUUUACACCACAUCCUUCUACUUCAACCCCUUUUUCGGAUUAUCCUGAACCUAUUCAAAUUGCAGAUGCCAAUUGAAUUUUAAUUAUGUUGUGGACUGUCUGGUGAUUUCUUAAAAGAUUGUUCCACUUGUCCUGCAGUUGGUAUAAAAAAAAGCAAGACUCGGUUGCAGAUUGUCCAUCUUGCAUGUAAGCUAUUGUGUCCUUCUGUUCUGUCCAUCUAACUAUAAUUAAAUGAACUUCCCUUGCAAUCUGAUCCUGUGUUUGUACUGUGGCUCCAAACAUUCCUAAGGCACUCCUAACCAAAGCUGGAAGCUCAAGGGACUACGUUAAUGUGAACUAACGUAUUAAUUCACCCAUCUGCUUCUACCAUAGCUAAUACAUUCUUUGUAGAGACGACCCCUCCUAUGCCUUGUAUUAAUAACAGGCAGCUAAACCAGAUAACUAUAAAAACCUACUUUCUCUAAUUUCAGAGUUGUUUAAGAACCUCUGUGGAGCAAAGAUAUUUUCUAAACUUUACUUUUGAGGCCCUGCCAUGUUUCAGCACAACGUUAUGUCUUUAGAGAUUUCCUCUGUCAAUUUGUGAUUGUUUAUUUAGAUGACUACAAUCUUUUUCUAUUUAUAAAGAAGAUCACUUUCAUAUUAAUAAAGUAUUACUUUUACUGAAA